AUGUAUUAUUCCCAACUCUGUUCUACAUACAUUUCGACAUUCUUUCUCUUUCAGCUUGAGCUUGAAUUAGCUUUCUUUUCUUUCUUUCUUUUUCUUCACUUAACUGUCUUUUCUUUUUUUCUUUCUUUAUUCACCACUUUACUUUCUUUUCUUUCUUUCUUCAUCGCUUUAAUUUUCUUUCUUUCUUCAUCACUUUCUUUCUUUCUUUCCUCAUCAUUUUACUUUCUUUUCUUUCUUUCUUUUCUUUCUUUCUUUCUUUAUCACUUUCUUUUCUUUCAUUCUUCAUCACUUUACUUUUUUCUUUCUUUCAUUCUUUUCUUUCUUUCUUCAUCACUUAACUUAACUUUCUUUUCUUUCUUUCUUUUCUUUCUUUCUUCAUCACCUUCUUUCUUUCUUUCUUCUUCACUUAACUUUCUUUACUUUAUUUUCUUUCUUUCUUUCUUUAUUCACCACUUUACUUUCUUUUCUUUCUUUCUUCAUCGCAUUCUUUCUUUCUUUCCUCAUCACUUUACUUUCUUUUCUUUCUUUUUUUCUUUCUUUUUUUAUUCAUCACUUUACUUUCUUUUUUUCUUUCUUUCUUUCUUCAUCACUUUACUUUCUUUUUUUCUUUCUUUCUUUCUUAACUUUCUUUUCUUUCUUUCUUUUCUUUCUUUCUUCAUCACUUUCUUUCUUUCUUUCUUUCUUCUUCACUUAACUUGCUUUCCUUUCUUUUCUUUCUUUCUUCAUCACUUUACUUUCUUUUCUUUCUUUCUUUUCUUUCUUUCUUUCUUUCUUCAUCACUUAACUUUCUUUUCUUUCUUUCUUUCUUCAUCACUUUAA